AUGUCCACGUUGAACAAACACGAAAAAAACGGUGCUCAUUCUCAGCUUUUGUGCUUCACUAUUUACACACUGCUGUUGUGGAAUAUAGUAUCGGAUAUAUUACAACUGCAUUCAUCAAUUUACCCCAGUCCAAGAAAGCGGCGCACGAGUGCACCGGCUGCUCCUUUCAAGAAGCUUACUAUGUCUGGAUGUAAUGCUCGCUUUUGUGAGAUACGUUAUAACCGCUACAAAACAAUAAACAUUGAAUUUCAAGCUGCUGAGAAACUGGGCGAUUUCAAUGUGAAAGUUAGCGCGUUGUUGUCAAAACCCGCACGCCGGUUUUUGAUCUUUGAUUUGGAAAUGGACUGCACUCCUUUUAAUGAAAAUGAAUGUAGAAUAUCAAAACAUGGGACUAACUACACCAUAUCUCAUCCCGUUAUAAUCAAAGAACCAUGGCUAAAGGAUCAACAUACAUUGGAAUGGACGUUUUGGUCUGACGGAAAACGCAUAAUUUGUUCCCUCAUUGAAGUUUGGGUUUGGUGA